GCCCUAUAAAAAGCAGCGCAGAGAAUUAAAAUCAAAAGGACAGAAAAACAAAGGCAACUUCAUUUCUGAUGCUCUGGCAGCACUAAACCAGGGUGGACAGGUCUACUUUAUUUUUUAUUCUUUAUAUUCAAUGUUUUUUUUUUGUUAUUUUACAUUUUUAAUUUUCAUUUGGCAACCUUCAUUAAUUUAUUAAUAGAUAUUUGAGGUCUACUUCCAAGACAAAAAAUGCAUAAAAAGUGGAAAGGCAGCCAGGAGCAGGAGCUCCCUGAAGAUUUCUAUAUUCCCAUUCCUCUUGAAACCAGCAAUAUCACAUUACUAAGCCCUUUCCUUGUACCUCAGGUCCACUUGGCCAGCUCAGGAGUUUUCAUGAGUAUGGCAGCAUUUAUGUUCUUUUUGGUCAUUACUGGACUACCCAUCAACCUGCUCACUGUAGUCUGUACUUUCAAGUACAAGAAGCUCCGAUCACACCUCAACUACAUCCUGGUCAACUUAGCAGUGGCAAACCUGCUGGUGGUCUCUGUGGGUUCCACCACUGCCUUCUACAGUUUCUUCAGAAUGUUCUUCAGCUUGGGGGCCACAGCAUGCAAAAUUGAAGGCUUUGUGGCCACAGUGGGAGGAAUGGUGAGCCUCUGGUCUCUGGCUGUGAUUGCAUUUGAACGAUUCCUGGUGAUAUGCAAACCUGUGGGCAACUUCACCUUUAAAAGCUCGCAUGCCAUCAUGGGUUGUGUGUUCACCUGGAUUAUGGCACUGAUUGCCUCUGCACCUCCCCUGUUUGGUUGGAGCCGGUACAUCCCAGAAGGCUUGCAGUGCUCCUGUGGUCCAGACUGGUACACAACCAACAACAAAUACAAUAAUGAAUCCUAUGUUAUGUUCCUAUUUUGUUUUUGUUUUGGGGUGCCUUUCACAACCAUUGUGUUCUGCUACACCAAACUGCUCCUCACCCUCCGAUCGGUGGCAAAGUCACAGGAGCAGUCUGCCACCACUCAGAAGGCUGAACGCGAGGUGACAAAAAUGGUUGUUGUGAUGGUCCUGGGCUUUCUGGUGUGCUGGCUACCUUAUGCUUCGUUCUCACUCUGGGUGGUCUUUCACCGCGGGGAAACAUUUGAUCUCAGGGUGGCCAGUGUUCCCUCUAUCUUCUCUAAAGCCUCCACAGUCUAUAACCCCAUUAUCUACGUUUUCAUGAACAAGCAGUUCCGCUCUUGCAUGAUGAAGCUGAUUUUCUGUGGAAAGAGCCCUUUCGGGGAUGAAGACGACGCCUCUUCACAAGUCACUCAAGUUUCUUCCGUCUCCACAAGUCAGGUCGCACCAGCAUAGAAUCAAGAGUCAUCUUUUGCCCAUGGAAAGGCUAGGCCAGUACACCCCUGUCUAUGGGAGUCUUUGUUAAAGAGACAGAGUGAUGAACAUUGCAAAACUCAGAAACACCUUGAUACAUGUAGUGCUACAGACUGGACUUUCUUGCACAGCAGCUCUGUACAGAUGUUCAUUUCUGAUCCUCGUUUCAUUUCUGAUUAUUUAAGACAUGAACUAAUUAGCUGCUGUCUGGAAGCAGUUUUCUUCUGCUAAGUGGGAUUUAGGUGUUGAUUUAGGUGUUAGUCCUGCCUUGUGUCCAUUGACUCCAGCUGCCCCACUAAUCUGUCCUGGAUAAAUGGGUUAGGAAAAUGGAUGGAUUGAUUUAUUCUUGGGAAAUAUAGAGGAAAAGUCUAUCUGUUACUUAACUUAUAGUGUUUGUUUUAGAUCAUCUGAGUAAGAGUGAC